AUGUAGUGACUCUGAUGUGAUUUGGAACACAGGCAGAGAUAACUUCCCUUAUCCCACCUUAAACGUUGUUUGUCGCUUCGGGAAAGGGAGUCUAGUUAAACUGGAAGGCGACAGGAGGAUAAAAUGGUUUCGUGGAUUAUAUCCAGAGUUGUUGUGCUUCUCUUUGGCACACUUUAUCCAGCAUAUUACUCCUACAAAGCAAUCAGGACCAAGAGUGUAAAAGAAUACGUGCGAUGGAUGAUGUACUGGAUCGUGUUUGCUCUCUAUACCGUAGCCGAGACAGUCGCAGACCUCUCCAUAGCUUGGUUUCCGCUGUACUACGAGUUAAAAAUGUUUGUGGUGAUGUGGCUGGUGUCACCGUACACCAGAGGAGCAGGUCUGAUCUUCAGGAAGUUCCUGCACCCGCUUCUGGCCUCAAGAGAAAGGGAGAUAGAUGAUUACAUCGUGCAAGCCAAAGAGAAGAGUUACGAGACCGUCGUGAACUUUGGAAGGCAAAGCCUCAGUGUCGCUGCUUCAGUCGCCGUCACUGCUGCUGUCAAGGGACAGGGUGCCAUCAGUGAGCGCCUAAGGAGCUUUAGUAUUCCUGACCUCACCCAGGUUCCUACCGGCCAAUCAGCAUUAGGGAAACCCGUGAAGCUGACCCAGGGCUCUGAAUACGAUCAGGCAGGACACGGGGAGGAAGUAGACGGAACGUGUUCAGAGGACGACUCAUCGUUGAAGGGUCUGCGUAGAACUCAGAGUGUGAAGAUGAGUCGUGCCAAAGUUAUACGCAAAGAGUCUCGUUACGGCUCCCUGAAAAUGAAAACCAGGAGGAGGCCAGUGAUUGCUGCCAACACUUUUGAACAGCCAUGACCAAAAGAAAAACACCCCGGGAACCAGCUUGGAUCAUCCAAUUAGGCAAGACCACAAAACCUUUACACGAACAAGCCAAGUCUUUUUGAAUCACACUCUCGAGGACCCUCUGUAUGAACAGGCCUGGUCAUUAUGUGUCACUCUGCAAAUCUUCCAUGAAAAGUCAUCAGUAACACCCACUAAACAGCCACGAAACCGCCCAGGUACAGUACCAACAAGCCGAGUCACUCAGCACACACUCGAGUUGUGGUAUGAACAGAGCCGUUUAUCCUGCAACACACCCCAUGGGAAACCUCUGUAUGAAAAGGUCUCUUCAGUCUGUAAAACAUGGAUGGAGGCCUAUUACAAAGAAGACCAGAUUGUGCAAUUAACACACCACAUUCCACAGAAGUAUCUGUACCAACAGGCCUGGUCAUUCUGUUACAUGCCACUGACGUCUGUGCUACAGAAGGUUUGUCGGACAUGGCUGUUUCACCUAAAAGACACCUAAAGAGCCUCUGUGAACAGUCCUGAUCAUCAACCAAUACUUUAGCAUGAUAUAAAAAGCCUGGUCAUUCUGUAACACCUUACAGGGAGCCUCCAUAUGGACACAGCAGAUCAUCCCUCCAUGUUAACAAGUCGUGUCAAUCUAGAACACACAGAAGAAGCUUGAACUUAAGAACCUCAUGUCCGACAAACCUAACACUCACAACCCGUGUCUGUAGAACAGAGUAUCAUCUUAAAAGACACCCAAAGAGUCUCUGUGCACAGUCCUGAUCAUUACAAAACAAACUAAAUCAAAGUACGUAUUGGGAAAAUCCCUAGCAUUACAUAACGGAAAUGUGUAGUCACUGCAUGAAGAAGCUUCGUCAAUCUGUAACACGCUUGGAGUAUCUAUAUGGACAGGCUUCGUCAUUCCGUAACACACACCUGGGGAUCUUCUGUAUGAAGGAGUUUCCUAAUUCUGUAAAACACUUGAAAAUCCUUUAAAUUAAGGGGCUUUGUCAUUACACAACACACUAGAGGAUCCUCUCCUCUUCUCCUAUAUACAGUAUGAAUGGGCUUCUUCAUUCCAGAUCAAACCCAAGGAGCUUAUAAUUAAUAGAACAGGCUUCAUCGAUCUGUAAUAAACGUCCGAGGAGUUUCUAUACGAGGAUUCAUGAUAAACACUUGUCCAGUUAGCUCCUUAACUCACCCUAGAGCCUAAGGUAUAAAACCUAUCACAGGUGUUUAUCAUUAAUCCCUCCCCUUUAUAUUCAGAUCAGCACAGGUCGAAAAUGCUGGACUGGUAUAAAACGACACGUGGCAAACACACCAUCAUCAUACGUGACAUUGGCUGACAAUUUUCUUUAUUUAUUCAGCGCUUUGUCUCUUAGACUCGUUGUUUCCCAUCUUGAAGCACUUUCUUACCUAUAAUGGGACACAUGGCAUAGCAACAGCUUUUAAAUCGAUUAGAGUGUGUAUCAGAUCCGUUCAUACACCGGCACAUAAAGAUCUUAUUUAUUUACUAAUAUUUACACCCAGAACCAAAAUAGUAAAACUAGCAUGCUUGUAUUUUACAAUAAUUCACUACGCAUUGAGGAAACAAUCCAUGAAUUACUAAUCUUUAUUCACGUUUCAUGGAUAACGCUCUUUUAUUUUUUUCAUCGGUUAGGUAGCUGUAACUCCAUUGUUUUGUUGCAAUACCAAAAAAAUGCCUUUAAUUCCUCAUUAGGGCUUAUUAAACAGUUUCAGGUGUACUGUUUUAACAUUCCUGAUAUUCAGCACUUACCUGUUUGUCUCAAACGUUCGCAAGUCGCGACGCUUUGGAUUGUUUACAAUUUAUUAUUUGUGUAUUUUUUUUUUUUUAUUUUAUCGUGUGUUAUUGCUUAAUUUAUGACACGUGCAGAUAAUUAAAUGAUAAACACAAUAUUUUGUCACGGUUCGAGAUUCGCACUAAAUCAGACCCAUGUGCACGAUUAAAAUUCUUUGUUUUAAUUAACCAAAAAACUAACAACAUAAACGACUCGAUACGUGAAUACUUGAAAACGUGGUUAAAAAAUAAAAAACAAAACUCAACAAGACAGAAACAAACAGGUGUAAAUAAGGCAACGAAUAAUUAAGAACAGGUGAUAUAGCACAUGACACUCAACUGGGAGUAAUGAUCCACCCGCCGGCGCGCCCUCUAGUGGACUGUCAGUGAAUUGUCCCAAUAGUUCAUUACAUUCAUUUCAAAACCAUGUAAUUCACAGAUAUCCCAUAAUUCUGUUCACCGGAUGAGAAUUUCCUACGAGAACUAUGGCAGAACCACGUGGAAGAAAAAGAAUAAAUAAUAUAACGUGUACAAACAAUGUGUACAAAUCAAAACCAUACAUAUGUAACACAAAAAAAAAAAUUGUGAAUUUUGUCAUUUUCAAUUCGAGACUCUUACUGUUUUUUUUUUUUUAUUAAACAAGUACUACACAACAAAAAUUAACACAUUUCACUGAAAUCUUAUUUUAUUAAGACUCUCGAGACAACACUGACAUCAUCUUCUCAGCAGAUAUAAAACUCGUGUUUCACGUGUGAGUGUAAACCAGUCGUAAUUUUUAAAGAUCUUACAACCAAACCCGUGUCGUAUCUGGACACAAAUACAGGAUCACUCAGUAAAUUAAGGGUCAGUGAACGUGGUUUUGUUCUGAUUGUUCAAAAUCGUGACAGUUAUUUAGUUUGAAAUUCUUGGACUGAUUAUAAACUGUACUCACAUUUAUUUUUAUUUUGUGAAGACCAAAAUACUGUAUGUUAUAUGUAAGCGUGUAAUAUUAUAUUGUUAGUGUCGAACUACAGUGUUGCACCGUUUGGUUUUCUCGCCUAACUUUCUGUCCCAUAUUCCUCUUCGGUCAAACAUUAAAAUUUGCUGUUGGACCGAGAUGCUUUGUGAAAUGACACUUUGUCGAUUGAGUUUGUUGCAAGUUAAAGGAGAGUGUAAGAAAGAGAGAAAACACUAACCUGAUACGACACGUGCUUGAGCUCCACGUCCACCAGCACACCCAGUCAGAGACCGGAAUGUCUUUGAAUAAACUGUUAAAUAAAGUUGUUUUAGAA